CUCUAAUGACAGCCUGACGACGGAAAGACUGCCAGGUUCCGCGAAUGAUGAAUCGAAUCGUCAAUCUGCAUCCUCUUUCUUUCGCACCUUUUCUCGCGAGGGGCAACUCAACAAAUUUCUCGGAUCUGAAGCUACCGCACUUCCACUUCUAAAACUAAAGACCAAGAUGAUGAUGGACUCUUCUUUGAAACGCAAGCUCGAAAACGACGGUAUGUCACCCAAAAUCCACAAGAAUUCCAUGCUUCAUGCAGCCCGGGUGAUGUUUCACAAGGUGAGCACAGAUUUCAAGCAAAAUCCCAAGCUGCAGAAUGAUGUCAAGGUUGCUUCCAUUGGUCUCUUGGUGGGCAUUAUCAUAGGAGGGUUGUUAGCCAAAACAAACGAAGGUGGACCAUCAUACAUGUCCUUGUCUAGAGGCAGUGUGCCAUGGACAUCUCUCAAGGCUCCUGGAUGGAAUCCAAUUCACAUAUUCUAUGGCAAGAUGGACAAUUUCUACAAUGAGAUUCCCGACAAGUGGUAUCUGAAACACUCACCCAAACACACGACAAGCAACAGCAAUGAAUGGUUUGGUCAGCAUGGACAAGAUGUGGCUGUUGCCAAGUUUUUCAAUUUCAAAUCCAAUGGUUACUUUGUUGAUUUGGCAUCGAAUGAUGCCGUGUGGGCAUCCAACACAUUUGCUCUGGAGCAGAAUUUUGACUGGAAAGGCAUUUGCAUUGAGGCCAACCCAAUUUACUGGUACCGAUUAUCCUUCAGAACAGGCUGCCAUGUGGUUGGAUCCAUUGUAGGAGGCAAAGAUUUUGAAGGAAUCACAGUGUCCCUGCCAACAGACCCCAAGAAGAGCGGUCCUUUUGGAGGGAUCGUGGGGAAGGACUUUGACAACAAAAAAGCUAAAGAACCCGAAGCAAGAUUCACAGCAUCCCUCACUUCCAUUCUGAAAAAGUUCGGGGCUCCCAAAGUAAUUGAUUAUUUGUCGCUGGAUGUGGAGGGGGCAGAAGAAUUCAUCAUGAAAGAUUUUCCCUUCCACCAGCCCUACACAUUUCGUGUCAUUUCAAUUGAGCGACCCAAAUCGCUGCUCAUGAAGAAGCUUGAGGAUGCUGGAUACAAACAAGUGCUAGACUUUAAGCGGGGCGAUACACUUUGGGCCCAUUCAUCUGUGUAUGAGGCAGGUAAGAAACGUGUGGAGGACAAAGGACAUGAAAUUGCCAAACACAAGCUGGAUGACUGGCCUCAAGUGAGGAGAUGAAAAUUUGACCAAUAAAUUAUAAUGCUCUGGAGUGAAGUUUAAGUGUACGAUAACAACUCUGAAUCUUGCUCCAUCUUGGUUGGUUCCAAU